AGUAUAAAUUAUCGAUUUCAAGUAAACAUGUCAAAUUAAUACUUGUGUUUAUCUUCUUUUCUUGUGUUUUGUUUAUAAUUACUUUGUUCAUCAAAGUUGGAUUAAAUUUAUUUUCUGCAUAAUUAUUUAACUUGUCCCGUCGGACAAGCUUGAUAUAGUCCGACCUUUUUUUCCUCUGGUACCGGACAAUCGGACAAGCGUUAUUGUCGAGCCCUGAUGUAUCAGAAAGUAUUAUGUGGAUAUACAUAGUCUGAAAAGUGCAUUGCCUGUUUGAGGCCUGUUUCUACUGUCAAGCAGUGAGCCAGGAUCCCAGGCUACUUAAAUAGACGAUACUUUCACCUUAUGGUACACGAAACAUUUCAAUGUCAUGGAUAGAUUAAAUUAUUCCGAUAAAUGAAAGAUAACAAACUUGUAUAAACAAAGUACACACUUUCACAGACUUUUAACAGCAUGUCUAUGUCAACUUCAGAUUUUAUUCAGAGAUUAAAGAAUGGAGAAAACAUACUCAUCGCAGAAGGUUACCUUUUUGAAUUCGGUCGUAGAGGCUACCUGAAAUAUGGUGCUAAUACACCGGAAGUAGUCGUUGAACAUCCAGAACUGGUUGAAGUGAUGCACGAGGAGUUUGUUCAUGCAGGCUCAGAUGUUGUUGAAGCUUUCACUUAUUAUGGUCACAGAGAAAAACUAAAGAUAAUAGGAAGAGAAGAUGACUUGGAAAAGCUUAAUAAAACUGCCCUACGGAUAGCUAAGAAAGUAGCCAGAAAACACAACAAGCUAUUUGCCUUUGGAUUGUGUAAUUCUACUGUGUUUGCACCGGGAGAUGAAAAAGCUAAUGCUAAAGUGAGAGAUAUGUUUAAGGAACAAAUAGAGUGGGCUGUAGAGGAAGGCGUUGAUUAUAUCAUAGGAGAAACUUUCAAUGCACUUGGUGAAGCAAUGCUGGCAUUGGAAUGCAUUAAAGAAUAUGGAAACGGGGUACCAGCAGUCAUAACAAUCGCUGCAUAUUUCCCUGAUAUAACCACAGACGAUGUACCUAUAACUGAGGCAUGUAGACUUCUAGAAGAAAACGGAGCGGCUGUUGUUGGCCUUAAUUGUGCGAGAGGUCCGGCAACAAUGCUUCCCUUACUAAGAGAAAUAAGAAAAACGUGUAAAGGUCCAAUUGCUGCCCUGCCGGUUCCGUUCCGUUGUACUGAUGAAUUCAGAUCAUUUCAGUCUCUGAAAGAUCCCAAAUCAGGUAAACAUCUUUUCAUGAAUGAUUUAGAGAGCGUCAGAUGUAGUUCUGCGGACAUACGUCACUUUGCUCACGAGGCCAAACAGAUAGGUGUGCAAUACAUUGGAUUAUGCUGUGGAAACUUUGCCUCAUACUUUCGUGAAUUAGCAGAGGUUUAUGGUAGAACGCCCCCUGCAUCCCAUUAUUCACCAGAUAUGUCUAUGAAUUCCGUUUUUGGAGAUGAAGAAACCGGAGUAACAAAUGCUUUAGCUACUAAAAUGAAGGAAUUCAUUCUAGGUAUCAAACAAUAAACGGAAACCAAACUGAUUCAUCGAUUUUUAGAAAUAAAUAAUUUAUGUUUUGUGUUCAUAUACAACAUUAUCGACAAUAUUGAUAAGAAGAAAGUGCUCCAAUUUUCAGAAAUUCUGUAACUUAUUCAUGGUUGUCAGUUAUAGCUGACUAAGGGAAAACAUUCUCAAAUGCGUCAGUAUACAUCAUUCUAAGUGGUGUUCUAGGUGAAAAAAAUACCACAUAGCGUCAAAAUAAGCAUAACGUCAUCGCGUUGUAGGCCGUAAAACGUCUAUUUCGUUUUUACGUUUUUCACUACCAACUAGGUAUCAGAUUGGAUAAUAGACCAAAAACGAAAUCGUUCACUAUAUGAUUAUAUUAUAUAAUUAAAACAGAAAUUUAUGUAUAAAAAAAAAAAAUCUAUGGAUUUGAAAUUGGAGAUAUGAUGAUUUAAAGAUAAGAACGUUUUUUGCCGAUUUUAUACAUGCUUUCUUUACACAUUUUCACUUAUUUGGCAAGAAUUCAAUCAGUUAUAUUUCAGAAAAUAAAAGAGAUAAAUGCAUUAUG